AUGAUGAAAAAGAUAACGACUUACAUCAAGGACGGGGGGUUCACCCUAAAUCUUCGGGAUCCUCCGGUCCUUACCCACGAAUCCAAACUUUUCGUAAGAGCAGCCACCGUGUUUUGGAAUUACAAAAACGUUCGCGCGGAUUACAACGACUACAUUUCCGUAGAUGGAAAGAAAGUUAUGAUGGAUGAAGGAUACUGGACGUUUAAGCAGCUACGAAAAAAGAUUGAGGAGAACGGACUGACGUUCAAGGAAUAUCCAGACGGAAAAAUAAAGAUUGACCUCGAUAACAGGACAAAGACGGUGAGACUUCGGAAUCUCACGGGGAUUCUGGGAUACCGAUACACCCCACACAUCAGCGACCGUCCCGUGAAUAUUCACGAUGGUCUGCGAUACAUCACAGUCACCUGUGAUCUAGUAAACCAUGAGCACAACAUCGGACCAGACGAAAAUCGGAGUACCAUCAUCACCUCCCUUCCGAUCGACGGAGCCAAUCCUCUUUUCGGAAUCGUGACCAAGUACAAUGACAUUGAAAGUCAGUUACGGGUGGACGCUGGAAGGUACAAUGAAAUCCGGUUUAAAAUCGGAUCCAACACCGGAGUUGUUCCGGGAGAUGUUUUGUUAGAACUUUACAUCAAAUAAAAGAAUGAGUGAGGAUAUCUUUCGCAACUACUACGGAAAGAAUUACGAGAGAGUGAAGGCGGCAACGCGCAUUGAAAUCCGGAAAAUGAAAGAAAAUUUUAGGAAAAAUUAUCCCAACGCAACCACGUCUAAAUUUGACUUUCAGGUUAACUUUGCAAAGGAUGGAACCGUGGAGUCAAGAGACAUAUUUUUUAAGGUAGACAAUCUUACGAGCUAUGAUAUUACGUCUGAUACAUUCCGUUCAAAUCCCAAGUGGAUUAAAUUCCUGCACUGGGUGGACGGAUGGCGAAGCGUUCUUCCGGACAUGAUUUUUCGUCCGAACAAAGAUUUUAAAAUGGAUGUGCACAGUUUCAUCCCGACUCACACUCCAACAUAGUAACCUCCAUCGUUCGCUUUCAUCUCCAUUUCCACCUUUCAAGAUUUAUGCGUAAUCCCAAACUUCUGGAUCAGUACAUUAGGAAGGCGAUAUAUGGAGCAUCUGAAAAUUCACACCCGUUCAUGAAAGGUGGGAAAAAAGAACGGCCCUUUCCCAUGCAAACCUAGGAACGUGGUACUACGACAAGCCGGCAGAUGUCAGGAAAAGGAUACGACGUCAGAAAUAUCAUCAAACUAAAUACGGAGGCACAUUUAUCGAAUACGAAUACCUAACCGGCAGGUCCCCCUACGACGUUAAAAUUAUUACAAGACCCUUAUUCCUAAAAAAUCCCGAGGAUUAACCAGAGUUGGACAAAAGCUAUUCCAACAGUCCAUCGAGGCUUUCGUGUACUCCAUCCUAGGGGCGCAGGCUAAAACCAGAUGGAGCAUUACGGGACAGGGCGCGAAAAGUUUACAAACGCAGGAAGUCUUCCGGAAGGUGGCGAAGGACACAAUCGUUCAGCACGAUGUCACGGUCACCAUUUCCAACAUGCGGACGGCUAUUUCCAAUACCCACGUUAUUCUAAAUUUUGUAAUCAUGCCGGGUCUAGUUUUUAUUCCCUCGGAUCUGAGGAUUUUGACGAAACCCAUUCCGGGAUUCAGCAAUGUCCUGUGACAAAAAACAAUGAGCAUCUUAUUCGGAUACGAUUAUUUUGACGAAACAAAACCUAUGCUGGAACGUCUGGAAAAUAAAAUAAAUCAGACGGACAAAAACCAAACCAUCACCGGCCGCGGAAGUGGUUCUGAAUAAAAAUGAAAUCACAAAACUUCACAGUAUAGGUGGUCAGUAUGCCUGGUACAGAUUUCCGAAUUCCAUUACCUAUCCACCGAACAGCUAUAAGACGGAUGAUAUUUCCAAAUCCGACGUGGACAAUACGAAAUUUAUAGGAUUUGCCAUGACUGACGGAUCUAACCCAGCUCCAACUAUGGGUGCAACGCUUAGUUUUUCCACUAAUUCUGCCGGAAAUAUUGUUCUCCACAUCAAAAAUGGAAAUGGUCUAAUCCGUGCUACUUUUAUGUAUUUCAUAACUCAGCAUUAUCUCGGAUGCGGAGGUAUAACCAUUCAGGUUAUGAGUUUUUAA